AUGAAGCAGCGGAUACUGCUCCUUCUGUGUCUAAUUACAACAUCAGUUUCACCUCUUUCACAAUCGGAAUUGUCGGCACCAUUGGAGAAGUCGCAACGAACCGCUGAAACUCGAUCACGAGAGUUUGCAAAACUGCAAGGUGACGAUGCUGAACUGGUAGCCAAGUACAAAUCUGUGGUCGCGAAGGACAUGAGAGGUCGCAAAAGAAAUCCGUUUUCAAAUUUUGGAGGAAGUUAUGGAUCUUUCGGCGGACGCGCCGGACCCUUCGGAGGAUUCAAUGGAGGAUACGGUAUGGGAGGAUACGGCGGCGGUGGAGAUGACUAUGGCAACGGUGGUGGGGGAUACGGAUUCCCGUACGGUGGAGGCUACAAUGGAGGUUAUGGUGGUGGAAAUGGCGGUGGAUAUAGUCCUGAUUUUGGUGGCUACGGUGGAUACGGUGGCGGGGGUUAUGGAGGAAUGGGAGGUGGUCCUGGCGGUUAUGUUCCGUUGGAGCAAAACAACCCGUGUCUGGAUGAUCGUGUUAUACGAAGUGACGCAGUGUUUCAAUGGAUGGGUGGCUUUGGCGGCGGAGACUAUGGUGGCGGUUAUGGCAACGGUGGCAUGAUGGGGGGCGGAUACGGAGGUGAUGGUUAUGGCGGUGGGGGUUUCGGUGGUGGAAUGGGAGGGCCAAUGGGCGGAUUCGGAGGCGGCUACGGAGGUGGCUAUGGAGGUGGUUAUGGUCCCAUGGGAAAUGGCGGAUACGGUGGAAUGGGAGGAGGAGAUUAUGGUGGCGGAUACGGCGGUAGCCCAUACAGUGGAGGUGGAGGUGGUUACGGAGGCGGAGGCGGUUACGGAGGUGACAUGAUGGGAGGAGGCGGAGGAUGUCCUGGAGGAGGAUGUCGUGGUUAA